UUUGGUGUGGUAUCGUAUGUACUAGUAGGGGGGUCUGGGGGGAUUCUCCCCCAGAAAAUGUUUUUUAUUUUUCCACCCCUAGAAUUGAAAUGUGAGCAUUUUCCUCUGAGCAUUUUCUGAAACAGAUUUUUGGAUAUACAGCGUUACAUUGUGCGUUGAUAGACCGAAUCUGAUCAGUUAAGUGUACUUGCAUGGUAUGUUUAUGUAAAUACCACAACUGGGUCACUCAGGGGGUAGAAAGCUUGUUAAACUUAGUGGGUUCAACGGUCGCGAGGCGCCACCAUGGUUGGCGCCGAGCAGGGAAAUUUUGAACAUUUUGAGUCUCUAGAUCGUUGGAAAUAGCAUUUUCAGAGUCUUCUUUUUUGCUAUUUGUGAUUAUAGAAAUCAAAAACUUUUAUGACCCCCCCCUUUCUCUGUGUUAAAACUUUUUUGACCCCCCCUAUUUAUAAGGGUAAAACUUCGUUUGCCCCAACCCCCCCCACCCCCAUCCCCAUAAAUAAUGACCACUCCCUUAUCGAGAGACUUUGUUUAUGCCUUUGUGAUGAAUCACUGACCUAAUUAUAGAAUCCAACAGCAAACAGUCAAUCAGAAUGCCGCGUUCGUGGGCGAACGCAAUCUCGUACCCAGAGCAAUGCCUGUGCACGGGCUAGGAUGGCAUUGGCUCUGGGGAAAUUGACAACCGGAACCCCUAAAUUUAGAUGUUCUGGUUCUUUGUCGGCAUGCACGAUUGAUAAACGUUAAACCAAUCACAGCACAGGAAAAAUUCAAUUUCCCCAGAGCCAAUGCCAUCCUAGCCCGCGCACAGGCAUUGCUCUGGGUACGAGAUUGGGGCGAACGCGAAAAGUACAAAAUACCGGGCCUUGCUUGCAGGCCCACUAUCAGUUCCCUUGGGCCUGAAAGCGGGCUAUCAUUUGAAUGGAAUGCAAAUUUUGAUAGGAAAAUUACGCGCGGGUCAAGCGAGGAUGAGAGUGCACGAGAGUUGGCAAUCACGCGACCUUGCCCUUGGUUAGCUAUUCUUAAAGCUUUCUCAACACUAUCGUGUAUUUUAUUCGUAUAGGUAAUAGUAUGGUUUCGAGUGCAAUUUGAGUGGACAGAAACAUGCACGAGUGAAUUUUUCGAAGACUAUCAAACUCACGAGUGUAUGUUUUUUUUUCAAAUUGCACAGGAAACUAGCCUGCUCAGAAGCUCCCAACCCGAAAAUUUGAAGCCAAAUUUCCGCUUUUCCUCUGAACGAAAUUUCGGGCUGUGAGUAGGCUAACAGGAAACCAUACUAUUAAUACUUAUUAAUAAUAUACAUGAACAUUUACAUAUACAUGAACAUUUACUGAGUCACAUUUAGAAAUUAAGAAAAUUUAAGAAAUUUGAAAAAUAAAAAAAUUAAGAAAAUUUCAAAAAUUAAGAAAUUUGCACUGUAUUCUUUUUUUUUGCACUGUAUUUAAUUUUUUGGCACUGUAUUUCGAAAAAAUUGCACUGCUCUUAGCCAAUCAAGAAUUGAGAAAUGUUUUCAUGUAUAUUAUUUAAGUACGUUAGAACAAAGUUGGAACACUUAUCUAAACUCUACCUUGUUAAUCUAGAGCUUGAAAGUCCCCAGUAUAAACUGUUUAACAAUUCAUGAACGCCAACUCUCAUGACCUCUCACUCUCGUUUGACUGGGGCUUUAUACCAGGAGAUGAAAUCUCAGUCCCCGAAACUUUCAGCUCAUUAGGGAACUAAACUUACCAUUUCAUCAACUCCAAAAAUAACAAUAGUGUCAAAAUCCCUCAGGUCAGUCUGCACAAUACAUAAGAAGGGUAGAGUUAAUAAAGUUUUGACAAACGUUUGAAAGAUUUUUUCUCCACUUCACUUGGUUGAAACUGAAUAUUAGAGUAGAUGGAUAAUCCAAAUGACGGCAUAUAUACACUUUUUAUACCUAACCAGGAACGGUUGCGAAAAAUGCAACAUUAAAUCCCCUGGCAGGAAUCGAACAUCCGACCCUGCGAUUCCUGUGCAGCGCUCUAACCAACUGAGCUACAGAGGCCAGUUAACGAGCGUUAGCAAAGGGUUCAGGUAUCAUAACCCGCACACUCGAAAAUCCAUAUUUACAAGAACCUGUGGUUAACGCUCGUCUACUGGCCAGUAGGUAAUAAAAAAAAAGCAAUAAUAAAAGCAUUUAUUCCAGGUGAUCUUGAUACGCGGAAAAGAACUGGCACUAGUUGUCAAAUAAAAAUCCAUUUUAUGAUUAAAACAACUGAAUAUCUCCUGUAAUAUACUUUAUUUCGAUUCCAUAUUUUUGUCAGAGCUAUAGUUCUCAUAACCAAACAUAAUUACAAAAUUUCAACUAGUUUCAUAAAGAAUAACGAAAGAUAUAAUUGACUGAAUACAUCAAAAUGGAUUUCUAUUCGGACAACCCUUUCUGAGCGCUGAUUGGCUAAAAUACGAACACGAGAUCAGGGUUGUCAAUAGAAGCCGGUUACCGGCGGUAUAUCGCCGUCUACUUUACCACUGACCGCCGGCUAUAAUCUACAGGUAUUAAGAGUAGACCGAAAAACAAAUGGCGUUGCAACUGGACUUCGAAGAACUGUUAACCCUAUCUGAUUAAUAUCGACUGUAUUUGUCACCGCCUAGCACUGGCUUGUACAAGUGCUAAUGAUAGCCUAUCGUUUCUGGUUACAGUGGAGAAAAUUCUUUUGCAGCUGUGGAAAUACUUUGAUAACUCUGCAAAAAGAGCUGCUGCAUAUGCCAAAGCUGUUAUGAAGAAUGUCCAUGUCAGAACAAAAAAGGAAAAUAAAAGGCUCAGAAAAAGGUUCAAGAAAGCCUGCAGAACCCGCUGGCUUUCUACUGAGCAGUCAUUGUCAAUUGACAGUGUGUUUGAGGAUUAUGAAGCUCUUUUGUAGACACUUCGAAUUUUCAAAGAGGAUGGUGAUACUACAGCUACUGGGUUGCUCACGCAAGUAGGAAAUAUCAAAUUUCUUGGAGCUGUAUGUCUUUUACACAAAACUCUUCCAGAACUAUCUAACUUGUGUAAAGCUUUUCAGAAAGGAGCUGUUUCUUUUGCUGCAAUUUCUCCUGCAGUUGACUAUACUCUAGAUGAACUGGAUAAUGUGGCAAACAAUUUCAGCUUUAUUUCAGAUCUGAAAAACGACCUCAAGCAGGCUGAGCAGAUGUGAUUGGGAUGUCUUUAGAAGAGUUAUCUGCGAGUGGAGAAUGUUUAAGUAUAACCUUCUUAAUCUGCAGAAAGAAGUUCCUCCAGAGCUUUCCAGGCCUGUUGGUACAUGAGGCAAACAUGGAACCAAAAAGCUUAUUUCCAAGACACCAACUGAAUGGUUGUUGGAGUAUACUGUAUAGUUGUCUUUACAAUCAACAUGCAUACAUCUUUGUCCUAGUCUUUUACAGUUGGCAGAGGUAUACCUUACCCUCCCUGUGCGCAGCGCAUGGCAUGAGAGAGGUGCUUCAACAAUAAAAAGAUGCUUGUGUGAUGUUACUCUGAGUGUAUAUCCACACCGGGCAGGCUUGAAAAAUAUGCCUGGCCACAGUGGGACGGUGGGAUCCCACAGUGGCCAGGCAUAUUUUUCAAGCUUGCCCGGUAUGGAUAUACACUCAGAGUAACAUCACACAAGCAUCUUAUUCACCUGAGUACAUUACACCAACACAGCAAAUAAAAAAGAUAAAACGAUAAAACGCAAUAAAAAGAUAAAACGCGGCUAAGAUGAAAUUUGAAGAAUGACAUGCUCACGUCUUUGCUUCAUAUAACAGUCAACGGGCCUGAUACUAGUGACUGUCAUCAUGUGAUAGAAGAAGCAAUGAAAGAGUGGCUGUCCAAACCAAGAAGAAAGAUUGCUAAGUAUACAGAAAAACAGAAAGAAGUUGUAACAGUAGAUGCUUCUGUUCAAGUUGAGUGACAAUCUGACCUGGACAAAAUUCAUUCAGCAUAUGAAGAAGCUCAAGCGGAUCUUCAAGAAGAUAUGACAAGUAUUGCUGAAGUUGAAAAUAUAGCAGCUAUGUUGAAGUUACCAUUUCUAUCAGCAUCUGACUCAGAGGAUUUAGACUGUUACACAGACAGCGAUCUAGAAUAGACUAGAUUAGAGACAAAUCUAAAAAUCUUGAGUACACCAACACUAACAGACCACUGCACUUCUAAUAGUGCUGAGUCUGAGUAUUAUUAAUUAGUUAGUGCUGUACACUGAACAGAACUACCAGUAUAAGUGUAUUAAUCAAAACAAUUUUCAAAAUGGCUGAAAAUACCGUUUCAAGGGUACAAGUCUCAAGUUUUUGCAGGGCAGCAUGCUCCAAGGUCCCCCCGUCCCUCCCCCCUAGUAAAUUAUUGUGCCACAUUUGGACAUAACCGUCUACUUCUUUCAUACAGCCACCUACUCUAUAUCUUAAUGACAACCCUGCGAGAUCACCUGGCCUUUUAAUUAACACGAUAAUUUUACAGCAUAGCUGAUGUGGUCGUGUAACUAAGUAACAAACUCCACGAAAACAUGACUAUAGAGUAUAGAGUAACUGUUCACUACAGCAUAAUUGUUCACAUAAAAACACAUAACAAACAAUCACAUUAUUUGACACUUGCAUGACCCAAACUAUUAUACACACAUCUAUAAUUACAACUUAAGCGCUUUAACAGACUUUUUAAAUUCGUUAAACGUUCUACUAAUUUUUAGUUCAAGGUUUAGUCCGUUCCAUAGACUAACAGCUUGAAAGGAGAUUGAUUUCUUAAGAAAGUCCGUGUUCGGUUUAGGAAGUUUAUACGUCAUUUUAUUUCUAAGUUGGUAGCGGUGGACAUUUUUCGAAAAGAUUGACUGCAAAGUUGGAGGAGAUAAUUGAGGAGGUAUACUGCAUGGUCAGAGCCAGAAUCGCAGGGCCGCAGGUUCGAUUCCUGUCAGAGGACAUAUAGUGUUACAUUUUUCGCAACCGUUUAAGUAUAUAUAUAUAUAUAUAUAUAUAUAUAUAUAUAUAUAUAUAUAUAUAUAUAUAUAUAUAUAUAUAUAUAUAUAUAUAUAUAUAUAUAUAUAUAUAUAUAU